GGAAGCGGGGGAGGCUUUGCACAGCGGGACGAGGAAGGGACCAACCCUCGGUUUUCUACCUCAAGCAGCCUGGAGCAUCACCCUGGGGCCAGGCUGGAGGACCGGAGGACCAGCAUCGCCAUCGGCGUGUCGGACGAGGAGGAGAGCCGCGAUACCGUCCGGCUGCACGAGAAGGAAGAGAAGAAUGUUUUGCGGUAUUAUCUCUUCGAGGGCCUGCGCUACGUCUGGAUCGAGCGGCGGCAGGCUUACUGCAAAGUCAGCGUCUUGGAUGAAGGCUGGACCUGCGCAGAUCUCCACCUCUCCCAGGCUGGCCUCGCCCAGCAAGACCACUACACCAGGAGGAAGAUCUACGGACCGAACCUCAUCGAGGUGCCCGUCAAGUCUUACGCGAGGCUGUUGGUGGAGGAGGUGCUCAAUCCCUUCUACAUCUUCCAAGUGUUCAGCAUCGUGCUGUGGGUCUGCGACGCCUAUUACUACUAUGCCGCCUGCAUCUUCCUCAUCUCCACCAUCUCCUUAGGGCUCUCCCUCUACGAGACAAGGAAGCAAAGCACCACGCUGCAAAACAUGGCCAAGAUGUCGGUCGGAGUCCGCGUCCGUCGACGCAACGGAGAGGAGAUGGUGGUGAGCUCCGCAGAGCUGGUGCCGGGCGAUUGCAUCAGCCUCCCCACGGACGGGACCGUGGUCCCUUGUGACGCGGCGCUGCUGACGGGCGAGUGCAUGGUCAACGAGAGCAUGCUGACCGGGGAGAGCGUGCCGGUGAUGAAGACCCCUCUCCUGGCGGGCAGCCAGGCAGCCAGCACCCUCUAUUCCCCCGAGGAGCACCGGCGACACACCUUGUUCUGCGGCACCCAGGUCAUCCAGGCCAAGUCCUACGUGGGCAAGGAGGUGCUGGCCGUGGUGACCCGCACAGGGUUUUGCACGGCCAAAGGGGAUCUCAUCAGCUCCAUCCUCUACCCCAAGCCCGUGAGCUUCAAGUUUUACGAGGACGCUGUGAAGUUUGUCCUGUUCCUCGCCGUCCUGGCUUUUAUCGGCACGCUCUACAGCAUCCUCAUCUUGGUUAAAAACCAGGUCCCCGUGGGGCAAAUCAUCAUCCGUGCCCUCGACCUCCUCACGGGGGAAGGGCUGUCCGUUUGGGGGGUGGUGCCCCCGGAGAACAACCACUUCAUGCCCAUCGUUCACGAGCCCCGGUGCCUCCCCGCCGGGCCCCUGCUCUACUCCCUGGCCACUUGCCACACCACGUCCCUGCUGCGGGGACAGCCCGUCGGGGACCCUGUGGACCUCAAGAUGAUGGAGUCCACCGGCUGGCGCCUGGAGAUGACGGAGGAGGAGGAGGGUGAGCUGCCCACCUCGCAGCAGUUUGGGACGAAGGUCUUGGCUGUGAUGAGACCUCCCCCCGAGGAAGAACAACCGCGAGACAGGAAGCACCAGUCGCCCGUGGGGAUCCUCCGGCGUUUCCCCUUCUCCCUCCUUGCAGAGGAUGAGUGUUCCUCCUUGCAGAGGAUGAGUGUCCUGGUGAAGCUGCCCGGAGAAGCCUCAGCCCACGUCUACGUCAAGGGCGCGCCGGAGAUGGUGGCCAGCCUCUGCGGGAAGGAGACAGUGCCCGUGGAUUUCUCCCAGAUGCUGCGACACUACACCACGGAUGGUUUCCGGGUCUUGGGUCUGGCUUGCAAACCCCUGAGCGCAGUGACCACCUUCGAGGAAGCCCUGCAGCUCCCCAGGGACUCCGUGGAGAGCAGCUUGACCUUCCUGGGCUUCCUC